AUGGACCGUGUGGAUCAUGUGGAACAUGUGGAUCAUGAGGAACUAAUGGAAUAUGUGGAACAUGUGGAUCACGAGGAACGUAUGGACCCUGAGGAACAUGUGGAUCAUGAGGAACUAAUGGAAUAUGUGGAACAUGUGGAUCACGAGGAACGUAUGGACCCUGAGGAACAUGUGGAUCAUGAGGAACUAAUGGAAUAUGUGGAACAUGUGGAUCACGAGGAACGUAUGGACCCUGAGGAACAUGUGGAUCAUGAGGAACUAAUGGAAUAUGUGGAACAUGUGGAUCAUGAGGAACGUAUGGACCCUGAGGAACAUGUGGAUCAUGAGGAACUAAUGGAAUAUGUGGAACAUGUGGAUCACGAGGAACGUAUGGACCCUGAGGAACAUGUGGAUCAUGAGGAACUAAUGGAAUAUGUGGAACAUGUGGAUCACGCGGAACGUAUGGACCCUGAGGAACAUGUGGAUCAUGAGGAACUAAUGGAAUAUGUGGAACAUGUGGAUCAUGAGGAACGUAUGGACCCUGAGGAACAUGUGGAUCAUGAGGAACGUAUGGACCCUGAGGAACAUGUGGAUCAUGAGGAACGUAUGGACCCUGAGGAACAUGUGGAUCAUGAGGAACGUAUGGACCCUGAGGAACAUGUGGAUCAUGAGGAACUAAUGGAAUAUGUGGAACAUGUGGAUCAUGAGGAACGUAUGGACCCUGAGGAACAUGUGGAUCAUGAGGAACGUAUGGACCCUGAGGAACAUGUGGAUCAUGAGGAACACAUGGACAUAUCAACCUUAAAGUGCUUUACACCUGCAGUGGGCGUGGCCAGUGUCACUCCGCAAGGUGCCUGGAAGAAUUUUGUCUCUGACAAGAAGUUCCGCAAACCCGGAGAACACGUUCCACAUGCUGAUAGAACACGUUCCGCAUGCUGCCUCUGCAUGGUGGACACCAUGAGGGAAGGUUCUAGAGUACAGGACAACACGGAGCGUGGUUACAGAACAGCCAGCAGUGGCGCUCAGUCGCAGGGAUCCGCAACUCACCUGGCCAAAUCUUACUCACCUCUACCCAGUAUGUACUCACCCGUGCCCAGUAUGUACUCGCCUGUGCCCAGCAUGGACUCACCUGUGCCCAGCAUGGACUCAUCUGUGCCCAGCCUGUACUCACCUGUGCCCAGCAUGGACUCACCUGUGCCCAGCAUGGACUCACCUGUGCCAAGCCUGUACUCACCUGUGCCCAGCAUGGACUCACCUGUGCCCAGCAUGGACUCAUCUGUGCCCAGCCUGUACUCACCUGUGCCCAGCCUGUACUCACCUGUGCCCAGCCUGUACUCACCUGUGCCCAGCAUGGACUCACCUGUGCCCAGCCUGUACUCACCUGUGCCCAGCAUGGACUCACCUGUGCCCAGCAUGGACUCACCUGUGCCCAGCGUGACUUUACAGGAUGCAGCUGACGUCGGUAGUAAAGUGUACCUUGGAGUCCGAGUGAAGAUGCCAGUGAAAGAUCUGCUGAAGAACAUUCGCAUGUCUCAGGGAUGGAACCCUCGAGACAUUCAGAACGGUGACAAGAAGAAGGUCAAAGGCUCCAAGAAGAGAGUGAAAACACGGCAAAGAAGCAGCAAGAGAAAAGUAGUAAGCAGCAGCCUGGAGGAUCUGGCCAUCAUUGUGGAAGUUCUAGAAGAAGAUCUGAGAACUUCCUGCAUCAACUCUCCUCCUUCUUCUUCCUCGCUGGAUCACAACAAUGAGAUAGAUGACAUCAUCCCCAGCCCACAGUCCCACAGAACAUUCUCACCAAGGUACCAUCAAGCCCCGCCCCCUCUUGCAAGGACACCAAGCCCCUCCUACUUCUUCUGGACGCAGCUUCAGAAGCAGGAAGUUCAUCUGAGGGACGUCUCUGAUGACUUCCUGUUGGCCACCGAUGGACAAGGACGCACAGCGCUCCACAGCGUUGUGUGUGCCGGCCAGAGGGCGCUGGCCUACGUUCUUGCUAAAAGGAUGGCGGCCCUCAACUGUUUGGACCUGAAAGACAAGGAUGGAAUGACUGCUCUGCUCCUGGCGGCUCAGCACAACCACCAUCUGAUGGUCCGAGACUUCAUCCUUCUGGGCGCCAACGUGGGCGAGAAGAACCACACGGGGAAGUCCUGCCUUCACCUCAGUGCAGAAAGGGGAUUCAUUCAAGUCCUUCAGGUCAUCCAAGGUGUGAUGAUCCAGGGGGUGUACGUGGACCUUGAAGCCAAGGAUGACGCUGGAAUGAGUGUCCUCCAGUGUGCUUCAGUGGCCUUGAAGACCACCCUGCAGGACUUGGAAGUCUGCAAGUUCCUGGAUGACAGGCAAAUGAAUGUCCUCCACAAGGAAGACCUUCUGGGGACCCUGGAGUGUCUUCUGCAGAUGGCCAGCUACUCGCAUGCCAUGGCCCGCAGCAGUGUGAGCUCCUAAGGCUGCCAAGUCCUCCAACCAGAGACCCGACAGUAAAGUCCAGAGUUUAAGAAGGUCCAGUUCGUGAUCAGGAGAGCAGCUGAAAGGUGUUCUCUCACGGAUUGUGUCCUGCUACGUCGUGCACCUGAGGUGGUGCCAUCAACAAGUCCAACAAGUCCUCUUCAGGGCUUCGAGAUGUGCACACACAGUUCAGGUGCCCACCAGGUGGUUUCUGUGAAACUUCACCGUUUGUUACGUCUCAGUAGCAACUUAAUAGUCACCCACUUCGCUAGGUGAGGUGCAGAGUAUACAGGUGUAUGUACCUUCUUUCUAGUCUACACAGAGUAUACAUACCAUAGAUGUACACGCAUACAGGUGUAUGUACCUUCUUUCUAGUCUACACAGAGUAUACAUACCAUAGAUGUACACGCAUACAGGUGUAUGUACCUUCUUUCUAGUCUACACAGAGUAUACAUACCAUAGAUGUACACGCAUACAGGUGUAUGUACCUUCUUUCUAGUCUACACAGAGUAUACAUACCAUAGAUGUACACGCAUACAGGUGUAUGUACCUUCUUUCUAGUCUACACAGAGUAUACAUACCACAGAUGUACACAUGUACAUUAGUAUACACAGAGUAUACAUACCAUAGAUGUACACGCAUACAGGUGUAUGUACCUUCUUUCUAGUCUACACAGAGUAUACAUACCAUAGAUGUACACAUGUACAUUAGUAUACACAGAGUAUACAUACCACAGAUGUACACAUGUACAUUAGUAUACACAGAGUAUACAUAUUAAAUAUUGUCUGGUGUAGUGUU